CAGCAAUGCAACAAAGAGGAUGCGUGCUGCCGUUGAGCGAAGAAGAAGAAGAAGAAGAAGACGAAGAAGAAGAAGAAGAAGAAGAAGAAGGCGAGAAGAAAACAGCCAUGGCUCAGGUGGAGAAGAAAGUGGGUCUGUUGGGUCUGCGGACAUCAUCCUCCAAGAAGCCACUAAAGGAGAAGGUUGUUCUGAUGUAUGAUGAUAUCUUUGCGAGAGACGAUCCUGCUAUCAGCAAUCCUCGCUUCUGGGAUGAACUCUUCUUGAUGAAGGUUAACCUGGAGUACCUGGAGGCAAAACUAGAGUCACUUGAUGGGGAUGAAGUGUUGAAGAUUAAAAACAACAUCAAUAGCUUGUUUCACCACUGUAUCCAGGCCUUAGGAGAGGAGCAUCAGAUCAAAGUGGUCAAUGCAUUGCAGACUCUCUGUGCUUUGUUCAGAGGGGUGCACCGGAAGAAUAAGUCAGCUACCGGUUUUGAUAUCAUCAACAUGCUGAUGGGAUUUGACAAGGCUGAGCUGCGCAUGAAGGACCUGAUGGAGAGAUUAGACAGUCUGCUUUGUGGAGACGGUUCUGAGAGCUUGAAAAGCUUGUGCUUGAAGUUGCUUCUGUGUCUGGUGACCGUGACUGAUAACAUCAGUCAGAACACUAUUCUUGAAUAUGUGAUGAUCAACAGUAUCUUUGAAGCAAUCCUACAGAUACUAUCUGACGUGUCAAGCAGAUCACAACAUGGCUAUGAUGCUGUUGUGUUGUUGGCACUGCUGGUUAACUACAGAAAAUAUGAGUCGGUGAAUCCCUACAUUGUGAAGUUAUCUAUUGUGGAUGAUGAGCCUACAUUAGAUGGAAUGGGCAUGGUUGUCCAUCAGGCAUUGACGGAGUACAAUAGGCAGUAUAAAGACAAAGAGGAGGAAAAUCAAGGAGGUUUCCUCUCUGCACUUUCUAGUAUGGUCGGCAGCAUGUUCGUAGCAGAUGCAGAUGAGAAGCUAUCAGUCCAAACAAAUGAGGCCAUACUCUUGGCCCUUUAUGAGGCAGUACAUCUGAAUAGAAACUUCAUCACAGUUUUGGCUCAAAGUCACCCAGAGAUCGACAUGGCUGCCACAUCUAUAGACCCAGUUCCAACUACUCCCACAACUCCAUUGGGUACAACACCACCUUCCCUGGACUUGAUGAACUCCGCAGAGCUGCCCCUUGACCCGAACUUGCAAACCAGUAACCUUCUCAUUACCUUCCUCAAGUACUCAUCCAUUGUCAUGCAAGACACCAAAGAUGAACACAGAUUAAAUAGUGCUCGGCUGUGUCUCAUUAUCCUGACUUGUAUUGCUGAAGAUCAGUAUGCUGAUGCUUUUCUCCAUGAUGACAACAUGAAUUUCAGAGUGAAUCUCCAUAGAAUGCCCAUGAGGCACAGAAAGAAGACUGCAGACAAGAACAGCCCAUCAAGACCCCUUGUGUGUGCAGUGCUUGAUCUCAUGGUUGAAUUCAUUGUGACCCACAUGAUGAAGGAUUUCCCCAUGGAUCUAUACAUGCAUUGUGUACAGAUCAUCCACAAACUUAUUUGCUACCAGAAAAAGUGUAGAGUCAGACUGCAUUACACAUGGAGGGAGCUGUGGUCAGCUCUCAUCAACCUGUUGAAGUUCUUCUUGUCUAACGAGACAACCCUGUUGGUUAAGCACAACAUCUUCCAUAUGGCUCUGCAGGUAAUAAACUUGUUUAACAUGUUCAUCACAUAUGGAGACACGUUUUUGCCAACGCCUAACAGCUAUGAUGAACUGUACUAUGAAAUUGUGAGAAUGCACCAGGUCUUUGACAACCUUUACUGCAUGGUGCUUAGAGUCUCCACCAAUGCUGGACAGUGGAAGGAGCCAGCCAGCAAAGUAACGCAUGCAUUGAUCAACAUACGGGCCAUUAUAAACCAUUUCAGUCCUAAGAUUGAAUCAUAUGCUGCAGUGAACCACAUCUCACAGCUUUCUGAGGACCAGGUACUAGAGGUUGUUCGUUCCAAUUAUGACACACUGACCCUAAAGCUACAAGAUGGACUUGACCAAUUUGAGCGAUAUUCUGAGCAGCCAAAGGAGACCGCAUUCUUCAAAGAGCUGGUACGUUCCAUCAGCCUGAAUGUGAGGAGGAAUGUCUCUCUCAACACUCUCAGCCAGGAUGUUCUUCUUAAAGAAUUCUCCUCUAUAUCUUGAGAUCCAUUAAUCACAGAUACAAUGGAUGAAAUGUAAAGUGACAAAUAAAGUACAGUGUUUGACAGCACCAUUGUACAUCUGGUAUUAGAUAAAUAAAAUGUCUUGACCGUUA